GAGACGGACUCAUAUAAUUUUUUUAUUUAUAUAAUUGAUCAGUGAUUAAUUUAAUAUAUUAAAUAUACAUGAAUUAACCAAUAGAAAUGAUUUCAUUUUAAAACUAUAAUGCUACUGUCUUGCAGUGAGACGACCUCAAAACAUGAAAUCCAUAAGUUAAAAGUUUUAAAUAUAAGCCAUGUUUCUGGAUGAAAUUGUUUCAUAAAAGAAUUUGUGUGUUCUUAAUCACAUGAUCUAAACCUCUUAUCUGAAAAAUUUUCUACUCUUGUACUUCCAUUAUAGUUCUGGUUAUGGAUUUUAUUAAAUUAUAUUGAUUUAAUCAUCAAUUGAUAGACCUGUCAAUGCAAAUGGUCGAUUGGAUUGUUAGUCGGGUCAAUUUUAAUUGAUUUAUAAUCGAGUCGGGUUGAUUCAUUUGAGUAAUUAGGUGGACUUCGUGUUUGAUGUAUCUAUGACACUUGAAAGUUCCAGAUUAAACUCUACACAUAUUUAUGUGGAAAAGUAAAACCAAGGAUGGUUCUGGUGUCAUUGAAAUCUAGACUCUUACCUUGCAAUUAUACAAGUCAAUUAUUUGCAUUCUGAUUGUUAUUUCUUCACCGUAUCAAAUUUUGUUUUUACUUCCUAACUCAAGUCCCAUAAAUGAACGUGUAUAUAAACAAAACAUAAUACACAUUCUUUCAUUAAAAAAUAAAAUCAAACAAAAAAAUAAUGGAUACAAACUUGUUAUACUAUUCCAUCAUCUUCAUACUUUCUUACAUAAUCACCAAAAGAAUCCUACACAAGUUCCAGAACCUACCACCCACCCCAUUUCCCACCCUUCCAAUUCUAGGUCACCUCUACCUUUUAAAAAACCCGACCCAAAUCCAUCGGACCUUAGCCCAAAUUUCCAACAAAUAUGGGCCUGUAAUCUAUCUCUACAUGGGCUUUCGGCCCACUCUUCUGGUGUCCUCAGCUUCUGCUGUUGAAGAUUGUCUUCAGAACAAUGACAUCAUCUUUGCCAACCGUCCUCGUCUUAUUGGCGCUAAGAUACUUGGGUAUAAUUAUACAAACUUAUUGUGGGCCCCAUACGGUCAACUAUGGCGUCACCACCGUAGGAUUGCGGCGACUGAGAUCUUAUCACCACAUCGUUUAAAUCUGUUGGGUGAUAUAAGAGCUGAUGAAGUAAGAUUGUUGAUCAAGAAAAUAUAUGAAAAAAGAGAUCAGAUGUUGGAGAUUAAACCAGCUUUGAUUGAGUUAACUAAUAAUGUUAUGAUGAGGAUGAUUGCAGGGAAGAGGAUUUAUGGAGGAAUAGAAGAAAGUGAAGAAGGGAAGAGAUUUAAAGAGCUACUUAAAGAGUUAUUGGGUAUUGGUGGGGCAUUUAGUGCUGGAGAUUUAUUCCCAUUUUUCAAGUAUUUAGGGUUGCAUAAGAAAUUUGAGAAAAGAUGUAUGAAUAUAUUUGUUAAACUUGAUCAGUUCUUCCAAGAAUUAGUGGAUCAACAGAAGAAAAUAAUGAAUGAUGGAAUUAAAAAGGGUGAAAAGAACUUGAUUCAGGUUUUGCUUGAACUACAGAAGACUGAUCCUGAUUAUUCUACUGAGUAUAUUAUCAAAGGCCUUAUUCAGAUUUUAUUCUUAACGGGAACUGAAACGACUUCUAGCACAAUGGAAUGGGUGGUGACAUUGUUGUUGAAACAACCUCAAGUUUAUGACAAGGCAAGGAAAGAAAUCUUGGAACAUGUAGGACAUGAUCGAUUGAUUGAGGAACAUGAUCUUCAACAUCUUCCUUACCUUCAUUGCAUAAUAAAGGAGACUCUAAGACUUUAUCCCGUUGCUCCUCUUAUACCUCCUCAUGAGUCUUCCCAAGAUUGUGUUGUAGGAGGCUAUCAUAUUCCUAAAGGAACUAUGCUAUUUAUAAACUUAUGGGCCAUCCAAAAUGACCCUAAAGUUUGGGAUGACCCAACCCAGUUCAAACCUGAAAGGUUUGAAAAUGUUGAAGGUGAUAGAGUCGGGUUUAUGUUCAUGCCGUUUGGCGCUGGAAGAAGGGCUUGUCCUGGUGAGAAUUUGGCCAUGAGAGUGCUUGGAUUGACAUUAGGAUCACUAAUACAAUGCUUUGAAUGGGAAAGUGUUGAGAAAAAUAUAGACAUGGAAGAAAAGGUUGCUGUUAGCAUGUGGAAAGCCAAGCCAUUACAAGCCAAGUUUAAACCUAACAAAGAUAUGAUUAAGUUAAUCUCUCAAAUUUGAUAAUACCCUCCAUUUUUUAAAUAGCUAGAAUUUCUUUUAAAAGGUUUUUUAUAAAAGGAAGAUGUGUAGCUAUUAAAAAACAUAAUUAAUAUUUUAUACUAUAUGUGCUUGAAAGAUUAGUAUUGCUCCUUAGCACAUAGUAAAAGCACGAGAAGUGUGGGUGAUCAUGUAGCUGGCUUUAAUCUAUUGAGAUUAAGGUUAAGGCAUUAUUGUUAUGUGUGAGUAAUCAAAAUAUUUGAUUACGGUGAUAUUGAUAUUAUUUUACAUUGUAUUUGUGCUUAUUGUUUAUAAAUGUUAACUUAAUUCUCAUGUUUAUGUAGAUAGUGUUUGUGAGGCAUUUGUAAAAGUGAAAGUGUGUUUGAGAGAAAAAAGAACAGAAAGAGAUUUAAAGGGAUAAAGGAUCCUGAGAUAUAGGAUCUUAGAUGAAAGAUUUCUUAUAUACAUAACAAAAUAAAAGAAAAGAGAUUUGGAGAGAGGGA